AUGAUCCCAGCCUGGCAGAAAUCCUGUGGCAAAAACAAGUUAUUUCCCUUCCUUACAUCUUUCUCACUGCAUGUUUUCCCAGCUUGUUCUCUCAGUGGCAGCCCGUCAGCUCGGAGGUGGUACUUUGCUGUUCAGGCUUGUCACGGAGCCGCACAGUUUUGCACCUCUAAAUGGGAAGAGUUGAGCCUUCACAGAUGUGAUGGUGAGGAGGAGAAACCCACUUCUUUGGAAGCUUGUUUGGGUUCUCUGAAGAACCAGGAGGCACCGGACCAAAAGGCUGAUGAGCUGACACUGACAGAGCUGAUGGAGGAGGCUGCAGAGGGACUGCAUGUGCUGUCAGACAAGCUUCCACCUCCAGGUAAAGCCUUGCUGGAUGUUCUGGUGCUGGGCUCUGCUGAGCAGUCCCCUCCUGUUAAAGACCUCCUGCCUCUGCUGGGAGCCGUCAAACACAUGUCCUCCUGGCAUGCUGCAAAGAUCAGUGUCAUCACACAGCACACACCUGGAUGGCAGAAAAUGGCGUCCUCCAUCAGCGCCGCUUUGGUCAAGCUGGCUGACUUGGAUAGCUGUAUUGACUCCAAAGAAAUGUGGAGGGGAAGCCUGCUUAUCAGAGAGAAGAAGGUCUUUCAUUACUAUGCGCCAGUUUUAGAUUUGGUUCAGCUGGUUAAUCUGUCAGACCUGCCAAGCUUCCUGAUCUCCAGCGCCCAGUUUGAACUAUGCCUGUCUGGGAAGUCUGUGAAAGCUAAACUUUUGUUGAACCAGCUGCGAUCACUGUGUGGAAAGGUCGGAGCUUUGUUCAGUCUGUCCUGUGUAAUCACUCCCAUUGCACAGCCUGCAGCCAGCCAACUCAGCUCCCAGCGCUGGAGAGAAUCUCUAUCUAGGAGACCAAAGUCUUUACCAGUGCCCGAUGUUGAGGUCAAAGGUGAGAGUGCUGCCUACUUCCUGUUGGUCCAGGGCUCGGACAACGCUGAGCGUGAAGCCUGCAGGGUCAGGAUGCUGCACUCAGACAGUCAAAUUAAUGGAGCGGCUGCCAUGGCAACUGUGUCCGCAUUACUGAGAGAGAAGCCUCUGUCAUCAUCAGGAGCUGCUGCAGGCAACAUCCUCCAGUCUCUGCCAUGUCUGCACGGAGACUACAUGCUGAGGAGAGAGAGAAGAGUGAGCCAGGUUCAGAAACUGGCACUUCAAGAAUAUCUUAAAAAGAAAGGAGCAGCAUCGAUACCUGUCAAUGACUUGAAGGUCAUUCUGAAUCUGGCCAGGGAUAAUUAUCUGAAGAAGGCUGACUCCACUCUGCCGACUGCUGCUGCCUGUCUGACAGACAAUCAGCCCUCAAAAAGCUCAGGUUUUCAGAUCAUUUCUCAGCUGCCGUCUGACUGGCCUGAGAGAAGUGUCCUGCACAAUGUGGAAAACUUGCAGAAGAGACGCCAGAAGAGAAGAUUUGGUCUGUUAGGUCCAGGCUCUAGUGACAGUCUGCUGGGUCCUAAAGAUGGCCAGAGAGGCUCUUCUACUUUACUUGAUGCCAAAGAACUUCUGAAACACUUCACGUCUGAUGGUCUGCCUGUGGGGGAGCUACAGCCACUGGCCAUUAACAGAGGUAACAAUGCCUUCCAGUUGUCACAAGACCUUUCUCCCAGGAGAGUCAGCAAACUGCCUUUCAGCAAAGCCUCAGCCUCCCAUUAUCACGGCAUAGAGUUCUGUCUGGAUAACCAGCGGUCUUUAGAUCGAGACCAGGCCUUUGUACGGCUCCAAUCUCGUCUGAUUCGUUAUGAGACCCAAACCACCUGCUCCAAGGAACCGUGCGCCCUCCCCUUUGCCCUCAGCCCCGCUCCCUCACCAGCUGUGAUGUCAGAACCAGGAAGCGUGCCCGAUGGCGAGACUCUGCAGAACAAUGAUGUAGCACGACUCAAGCGCAGGUCCUGGGAAGCAGACAUUGUUGGAGGCUAUCCUCACAAGAGGCUGGCAAAGUCCGAGAGCAGUGACUCCCUCUGUUCUCAGAGUAGCAGCAGCAGCGGGACACAUCCUGCCAUUAGGUCUCUACGACGACAACCAAGCAGGUUGCAGUCCACCUCCUCUGUAAACAGUUCCUCCUCUUCAGCCACAAGACCGACAUCAGGCUUGGCGACUCUCGCUUGUGUUGACAGACCUAAAUGUCAACAGCAGAAGACGCAUCAAGGACACAGCGAGGACAAACUUGCCAAAGAGUCACGCUCCCAGAAACAUAACAGGAUGUUGCAGGAGGUAGUAGCUAAAACGCUCAAACACCAUGGGAUCACUGCUGAGCAUGAUUGCUUUGAGGCUUGCAGCAAAAGACUGUUUGAUAUCUCGAAAUUUUAUCUCAAGGAUCUGAAGACAUCUCGGGGUCUGCAUGAUGAGAUGAGGAAGGCAGCAAGUAGCAAUGUUAAGCAGGUCAUUGAUUGGGUAUUGGAGAAGACCUCAAAACAAUAAAGAUGAUAACAAAUCAGGAUCCCCUGUAGCAGCCUGUCGUUUUAAGCUUUUGUUUGUGCCUGGUUUUGUGCUCAUCCACCCUCAUAUACUCCUGCUGCUCCAGAGCCAAGAACAGAAAAACACUCAUAUCUACAUACACAUAGACUCUGCUCCUCCUGCGUUUGCCGAGAAGCCCCAAGGGCUUUGGAUGCUUCAGGAUGAAGAUGUCUUUUCUCUGUAGCAGUUUUCUAACCCCCACUACUUAUUUUAUUCUAAAUUACAGUUGUUGUUAGGUUGUUAAUUUGCCUUUAUGAAUGUACAGAUUUUUUUGUUUUGUAUUUUCCUGUUUAUCACAAUA